AAUACUGAUCAGUUUGUUGUUGCUGUAAGCAACUCUUGGGGGAGGGGGCUUUGUGAUGGAGGGGGAAUUCCUCAAAGGAAACAGCCUUGAUGUGCCUGAUCGGGAUAACGGUCUGGUGAAGAAGACUCAGCUGUUGGACCGUGGCCAGUGGGCGAACAAGUUGGAGUUUCUGCUGGCUGUUGCAGGAACCCUGGUGGGACUUGGAAACCUCUGGAGGUUCCCAUAUUUGUGCUACAAAAAUGGGGGAGGUGCAUUUCUGGUUCCGUAUGUCCUGUUUCUGCUCUCAUGUGGUAUCCCAAUGUUCCUUCUGGAGACAGCAAUGGGACAGUUCACAUCUCAAGGAUGUAUUACUUGCUGGAGGCAUUUCUGCCCCUUGUUUGAAGGUAUUGGUUACGCCACCCAGGUAGUGAUUGCAUACGCUGCUGUGUCAUACAUCGUCAUCCAGGCCUGGGCCUUCUUCUACCUCUUCUCAUCCUUUAGUGCUGAGAUCCCAUGGGCCAGCUGCAGGAACGCAUGGAACACAGAGUAUUGCAUUGAAUUUGAUAAAACAAAUGUGUCAGCUAAUUGGACAGCAGGUGCAAAUGCAACAACGCCUGCAACAGAGUUCUGGGAGAGACGAGUACUUGGUAUAUCUAACGGGAUUGAUGAGAUUGGUAGCUUGAGGUGGGAGUUGGCCUUGUGUCUCUUACUGGCUUGGAUCCUGUGCUACUUCUGUGUUUGGAAAGGAGUGAGGUCCACUGGAAAGGUAGUUUACUUUACAGCCACUUUCCCCUACCUGAUGUUGGUGGUUCUGUUGGCUCGUGGACUCACUUUACCAGGAGCUAUGGAUGGCGUAGCUUUCUACCUUUAUCCUGACCCGACAAGGUUGGUGGACCCUCAAGUUUGGAUGGACGCAGGUGCACAAGUCCUUUUCUCUUUUGGGAUCUGUCAGGGGAGUUUGACAGCUCUCGGCAGUUACAAUCAGUAUAACAAUGAUUGUUACAAGGACACAUUUGUUCUGUGUUUGGUGAACGGUGGGUCGAGCUUUGUGGCAGGGUUUGCUAUCUUUUCAGUUUUGGGCUUUAUGUCCUACGAACAAGGACUGCCAAUAUCUGAAGUGGCUGCUUCUGGUCCUGGUUUGGCAUUUAUUGCCUAUCCGAGAGCAGUGGCCAUGAUGCCUUUUCCUCAGUUGUGGGCUAUAUGCUUCUUCAUCAUGGUCAUCUUGCUGGGUGCCGAUACACAGUUUGUGAGUUUGGAGUGCCUGAUGACCUCCGUGACGGACAUGUUCCCCACUGUUUUUCGGAGAGCUUAUCGUCGAGAAUUGCUGCUGCUUUGUCUCUGCUCCGUCUGUUUCUUUCUUGGUCUCCUUCUUGUCACAGAGGGGGGCUUGUAUUUCCUUCAACUGUUUGAUCAUUAUGUUUGUAGCGGCAACAAUCUUCUCCUUCUUUCGGUGUGUCAGUCAAUAGCAAUUGGAUGGAUAUAUGGUGCCGAUCGUCUGUUUGACAACAUUGAAGACAUGAUAGGUUACCGUCCGCGGCCACUAAUGAAGUUCUGCUGGCUUUACGUUACCCCUGGUGUUUGUCUGGGUACCUUCAUCUUUUCAGUGGUGAAAUACAAGCCUCUCAAGUUCAACAAAACCUAUGUUUACCCGACCUGGGCCUACGCUUUGGGCUGGUUCCUUGGACUGUUCUGCGUUCUACUGGUACCUCUUUGGAUCAUCUUUAAAGUAACCCAGAUGAAAGGAACGAUAUGGCAGAACCUAAAUCAGCUUUGCCGCCCGGAAAUCAAGACACACAACAACACAGCAAAGCAGCCUGAGCAAUGCCCUUUGAACCCCGACAACACUCUUUCUCCUGCUGCCAAUGAAUACAAGGGAAGUGGUGGAGCUGAGAUGGAGAUGCAAGUCUGAGAUGCUGAACAUUUCUAAGAUUUUUGUGUGUUUGGAUGUAGUUUUUAACUCCAGUUUUACAAGCUAAGCAUCUUUAAGGAGUUAUGAUGAGCAAUAAUUUCUUCCAGCUCUACUAAGUUACUUAAUCAGGUCUGCAACCUGCACGACAGACUCACUGUGAAAUGCCUCUGCUGUAGACCUACAAUGAUUUGGUAAACACAGUAUUGAGAGGAGAAAAUUGCAAUAAGUAAAGCAUUUUAAUAGGUAUGGUAAGUUAAAUCAACAAUUCCAUGCAUCAUAUGCCAGCUAGCCGAACCGCCAAUCUUGAUGUUCACUGUCUAUUAAAAUCUAAAAUCCAACCCCCCCAAAAAAACAACAAAACAAAACCAUUUUUUUAAAUCCAAAUUGAGUGGCAGCUGAUGUAUAGAUACAAUGCAGAAGGUCUUUAUGAGUGGAAAAUGUUGCCUUUUUUAUUCGUGAAUUUAAGCUUGAAACAUAUAUUUGAAAUGGUUUGCCUUAUAAAAGCUUUGCAGCUACAUGUCCGGCUGCAGGGCAGAUUUAAAUUUCUACUUUCUGGCUCUAUUAGCUGUCUAUAUUAUACAUUUACUUUUAUUACAUUUAUUUCCAGACACAAAUUGAGCUAUCAUCUGUUGUAGUACAGUGGAGACCAUAAACCUGAGUCUGUUACCAAGAAACAAACUACUGCUGGCAGUACAUAGCGUACAUCACGUUCUGCUGAAGCAGCAGUCUUCACAUCUCACUCAGUGAUGUGGUUUAUUUUACGGGUAUUCACACUCAGAGUUUAUUACAUGGAGAAAUAGUUUGAGUGGUUUCACUGAGCACAAGCAUUCUGCUUAAAAACACAACAGACUUAAUGCUAGUAAUACUGUUUUUUCUGAGCUAAGUUUCGAAAUGGCACUGCAGUUGACACCCCUUGAAAAAUGAUUGUUCUGCUUAGUAGGUGGUUACUGAAAAGUUGAGAUAUAUUGAGUGAUUUCAAGCAUUCAAGUCCCUCUCUGCAUAGAGAAUAUGAGGUGACCUGCAUUUGAAGGAUUUCCAAGGAUUAAAAUUGUCUUUGCAUCACCACAAAAGCUAAAAAGUAAACUGUGUACAUGGAAAGAGAGAGGUCUACUUCUACAAGCUCAAAAGCGGCUUUUUAGAACUAGAAAUUACACCUUGUAGCACCAACUUAAUACAUGCAGCAGUUCAAAUCAAUUUACCUUUAGAUUCUGGAUACAUUUUUGGAUAAAUAACACAAAAGGAUAAAUUCAAGAACUAUUGUGGAGGCUUUCAACCCUGAUUUUAAAAGUGAAGCAUUAAGAACUUUUUACAUUUCUGAUUUGAGCCUCCAGCUAGCUCCCUAUACAUAGCGACAACUGAGGCUGAGGCUUAUGGGUACUGUAGUAAAAAUUGGAAAUACCAAACUGAAAAAAUAAUUAUUUGAAAUGAGGUUGAAAAAUUUUGCAAAUGUUGUAUGAUGAGGAACAUUAAAAUUAUUGGGGGGGAAAAAUCAAUGUGAAUUUAUAAUGUGGAAACUUGCAGCUCUGACAGAUGUUUUAGUAAGUGCUGUGCAAACAAAACACACUACGCACAAUAUUUGGUAGUGGAUUUAGACUUUUGGGCCCCGGACAUAGUAUGUAUUAUGGCAAUGUACAAAAUUAACCCUAAAAUGUUGUUACAACAUUUUACCUAUAGCACAAAUCCAUGCACUGUAAUAACAACAAUAAUAUAUAGUAUAUAGUAGUAUAUAAUAACUCUAUUCAGUGCCGGAGCUUGCAAUGAUUUUGGCUUAUCAGUUUACUCACCUAAAAAACAACAAACAAACAAAACAAAAACACAAAAAAACUAAACAGAAUUAUACUUUUUUUAAUACUACUAUAUAUAUUAAAUACUAUUAAAAAUGGUUACUGGAAGUAAACAGCUGAAAAACGUUGUUUUCAUGUCCCUGGAUGUAUCAGGCUACUUAAAUAAAUAACAAUAAAUAGAAAUUUAAAAAAACAAAUCACUUUAAAUUUACAUGACGUUGCUGAUUUGAAGAUUUCCUAAAGUUGGUCUGUUCUCACAAUAAGUAAAUGUCAAUUCAAUGUGGACUUUGUAUCAGAAAACAUUUUGUUGACAAAUUAUUUUCAUGCUAUGAGAAAUCAAUAAAUAUUAUUUCA